GGUAAUGCCACGUAGUCGAAAUGGAAUAAAGCGGGAAGAUAAUGCAAUUGCUCAAAAGAGUGGCCUAUGUUUCGAAAAGGAGACAUUAAAUAAAGUUACAAGUUUGGUAGCUUACAAUAUUAAACAAAAAGAAUUGUCUUUUUUAAUGUUGAUAUUCAAAUGGUCUGUGUUUUUUAUUGAGAAAAAUUGUUUUGUUUUGUUAUUUCCUUUCUUUUUGCUUAUGCGUAACUUGUGGGAAUUUUAUGAGGUAGGUCUAGCAGAACAGAAGAUUUUUUUGUGAUGUUAACUGGGAAUUGAGUUUGCGGUUUUCUAGAUGGGAAGCUCGGGUUCUUUUCAUUUUGUGACAAUGAAAUGAGUUUAUUAUUCAAAAUGAUAAUGGUAGAAGUCAGAGAGUGGAUAAGAAGGCAGAGAUUUUUUCCAUUUCUUGAAUAUGUAAGUGGCGACCUUCAUACAAUUCUUGGAGGAUAACAAUGGAGGGUUCAUCUGAGUCUGCUUGGCAGAAGUCUGAUAGUUCUAGGGCACUGAAGUCUUCUCGUGUCUCAGACAGGGAUCGAAGUCUGUUUCCUGCUGAACGAAUCGAUAUUUCAGGUGAUGCUUCGCAUGAUUUUGGGUUUAGAAAGGAGGAUGGUAGGGAUGUGCUGGCUCACAAUGAUCACCUUAGAAGCCAGGUUGGUGCUUCUGGGGUUUGUGAGGAUGAGACGGCUGUAAACCCUUUUGUCCAUGCCAUUGAAUGGGGUGAUGUUAGCUUGAGGGAGUGGUUGGAUAAACCAGAACGGUCUGUAGAUGUCUUUGAAUGUUUGCACAUAUUUAAGCAAAUAGUUGAGAUUGUAAAUAUAGCACAUGCACAAGGAAUUGUUGUCCAUAAUGUUCGACCUUCAUGCUUUGCCAUGUCCUCGUUUAAUCAUGUUUCCUUCAUCGAAUCUGCAUCUUCGGGUUCUGGAUCUGAUUCUGCUGAGGAUGCAUUAAAUAGAAAAAAUAUGGAGGUUAAGGAUUUAUCCUCUACUUUGCCCCUUGACAUGCAUCAGCAGCGUAGACUGAUGAAUGAAGAUGUGCAAAUUCCAACAAAUGCUUUAUCAGAAGCUAGCUGCAUGCAGUCAGGCUCAGUAUGUGCAAGGAAUGCACUUUUAGAAGAGAGUGAAGAAAAUAAAAUCUUGGACAGAAAUCUUGAACAAGUAAAAGAGAGAAAGCAACCAUUUCCUAUGAAACAGAAAUUGCUUUUGGAGACCAAUUGGUACACUAGUCCUGAAGAGGUUGCUGGCUCUCCCAGUACCUUUGCUUCCGACAUCUAUAGAUUGGGAGUUCUCCUUUUUGAGUUAUUCUGCCCCUUCAGCUCAAGAGAAGAAAUGACUAGAACUAUGUCUAGUUUAAAACAUCGAGUUCUUCCUCCACAGUUGCUACGAAAGUGGCCAAAGGAAGCUACAUUUUGUUUACGGUUAUUGCAUCCUGAGCCAAGUAGUCGUCCAAAAAUGGGUGACUUGUUACAGAGCGAGCUUCUUCAGGAACCAAGAGAAAAUUUGGUAGAAUGUGAAGCGGCCACAGAGUUCCGGGAGAGAAUAGAGGAGCAGGAGUUAUUGCUGGAAUUUCUUUUGCUGAUACAACAAAGGAAACAGGAAGUCGGUGAUAGGUUGCAAGAUACUCUUUCUUUUCUGUGUUCUGACAUUGCGGAAGUCACAAAGCAGCAAAAAAUCUUACAGAAAAAGGGAAGCUCAUAUACAGACCUGGAGAAAGAUGACAAUUCAACAUCGAAUCUCCCCUUAGUAAAUAUUGUUGAUACUGAUGAUUCUUCUAGCUUGAGGUCUAGAAAACGAUUUAGACCGGUACUUCAGAUUCAAAAUGUAGAAGAGUGUGGUGAUAAUCCAGACACUUGUCAAAAGUCUGAUCCCCCUGAAAAUCAAGAAAGUAUUAUUCAAAAAAGUUUGCAGUUGAUGAAAAAUUUUAAGAAACUUGAGUCAGCAUAUUUUUUGACAAGAUGCAGGCCUGUGAAUCAAUCAGGGAAGCCUUUGAGUAGACAAACACCAUUGAAUAGUGAUGGUAGAGGAUCUAUUGUUCUGACAGAAAGAAGUAAUGUCAAUAAUUUAACAUCAAAAGAGAGGCAUAGCCAGAGCUUGGAAAGUGGAUGGAUAAAUCCAUUCCUUGAGGGCUUGUGCAAGUAUCUAUCUUACACUAAGUUAAAAGUCAAGGCAGACUUGAAGCAAGGAGAUUUGUUAAAUUCUUCCAAUCUGGUAUGCUCUCUUGGUUUUGAUCGUGAUGCAGAAUAUUUUGCUACAGCUGGUGUAAAUAAGAAGAUUAAAGUAUUUGAAUGUGAUGCAAUCAUAAAUGAAAAUCGUGACAUCCACUAUCCUGUGGUUGAAAUGGUUAGUCGGUCAAAGUUAAGCAGUAUAUGUUGGAAUAGUUAUAUUAAAAGCCAGAUUGCAUCAAGUAACUUUGAAGGAGUGGUGCAGGUGUGGGAUGUUACAAGAAGUCAAGUACUCACUGAAAUGAGAGAACAUGAGAAACGCGUAUGGUCUGUCGACUUUUCAUCAGCAGAUCCAACAAUUUUGGCUAGUGGGAGUGACGAUGGCUCUGCAAAGCUAUGGAGUAUCAAUCAGGGAGUAAGUAUUUGUACUAUCAAAACAAGGGCCAAUGUUUGCUGCGUCCAGUUUUCCUUGGAUUCUGGUCGUUAUCUUGCAUUUGGAUCAGCAGAUCAUAAAAUUUAUUAUUAUGAUCUCCGAAACUCUAGGAUUCCUCUAUGCACGUUAGCUGGACACAAUAAAACUGUGAGUUAUACCAAGUUUGUUGAUACAAGUACUCUUGUGUCUGCUUCCACGGAUAAUACUCUGAAGCUUUGGGAUUUGUCAAUGUGCACUUCUCGGGUUAUUGAUACUCCCCUUCAGUCCUUUACCGGCCACACAAAUGUAAAGAACUUUGUCGGCUUGUCAGUAUCUGAUGGUUACAUUGCUACUGGCUCAGAAACUAAUGAGGUAUUCAUAUACCAUAAGGCUUUUCCAAUGCCGGCAUUGACAUUCAAGUUCAACAUGGAUCCACUUUCGGGACAUGAAAUGGAUGAUGCUAUGCAGUCUAUCUCUUCGGUUUGUUGGCGUGGCCAGUCCUCUACCCUAGUUGCUGCAAAUUCUACUGGGAAUAUCAAAAUUUUGGAGAUGAUUUAGUUUGGUCUCUUUUUUUGAAAUCAUCCAUGAUUUAAGCAGAGACACAAGCAAAUCGGUGCUCCAUGCAGACGUUGAAGGAAUAAGUGCCGGUAUCUUACAUUGGAGAAGAUUAAAGGAUAUAACAUUUGAGCAAAAAAAAUUUGGCUGUAGAUGAUAGCGGAUGCAAUUGAAUGGAGAGUGAGAAUGAUUUGAACAAAUAUAUACGUAGAUAAAAUUCAGAGAACAAAGGGAUAAAAAUCAGUCCUGUUGUAUAUUUUGUAAUGCUUAUAGUUCAUAGUCAUUUUUUUAAAGUAUAAUUAAUUUUCUGAUGCAUCACAGUUUGCCAUUUCUUGGUGGAGUCAUUUAUAAAUGUUUUUGUGCUUCUGCAACUGUUUAGCAAAAUGGCAGAACAUUAUUACCAAAGGUACUUUUAUCUUUUUUUUUUCAUGGCAUCGAACAUCUGUG